UGGACGUAACACAAUUCUGGACAUUCUGGUGAUAGCCCGAAUAGGAAAAUCAAUACAAUUAUUACUUUAUUAGAAAUAACUCAAUAGCCAGAUCUAGGUUAUCUGUAUUAGCAUACUCAUUUUUAAGUUUAAAAUUUUGGGUGUUUGCAAAUACCCGAAAGUUCUUUUAAAUGAAGAUUAAAACGAAAAGACAAUAAUUGCACAAGAAAAUGUGAAAAAAUUCUCAAUUGGUGGACAAAAUACAAAUAGUCAGUCAAAAACACUUAAGUACUCAAAACUGAAACUGUCAACUGAACAUAAUCUCGACUUUUUAAUAUCAUGGACAAUGAACAUGGACUACGAUGAUAAAAUGAUAGAAAUAACUAUAAUAUUUUGUGCAUAGGAAAUAUAGAGUUUUUGAAAAUUUUAAAAGUUUUUGUCGUACAAUAGGUAUAAUAUUCUUCCUUGUAAUCUUUUUCAAAAUGAAGCAAACUUUGCCGUCCGAAUAUUUUUGUUUGGCCGCUUUCAGAGUAUUUUCUACUAUUUUCACACAAAAUGGUUACAUACAUCCUGAUGAAUUUUUUCAAACCAUCGAAAUCGUUAUAGGUAAAGAAAUCAAUCAUAAUUGUAUACACUACCUACUCUGUAUAUUUAGUAUUUAUUUUUAAAAUGUCUUAUAAUUUUUGUUCAUCAAAACUAGUUUAAAUUAAACUAGAAUAAUAAUUGAUUUGUUUAAAUUUUAGGCGAUAUUUUUGGAGUUGUACACAAUCGUCCUUGGGAAUUUAAUACAGAUUUUCCUGUGAGAAGUAUAUGUUUACUGUACAAUAUUUUUGCUAUGCCAUUAUAUACAAUUGAUUGGAUUUUGAAGUCACAUAAUAUUUAUAUAUCUUGGAAUCCUGAUUUGUUAUUGUUAGUCUUCCGAUUAAUCACUUGUGCAAUAACAUUUAUAACCGACUAUUCUAUAUUUAAGUAAGAUUAGUAUUUUAGUUAGUAUUUUCAUAUAUUAUUUAUAUGCUUAAUUUAAACAAUGAAUAAUAUGAUUUUUUAGGAUAUGUAAACUACUCAGGCUGAAAUGUAAUAAACAUUUAUUACUUUUAUCAAGUUCUUAUGUUAUAAUUGUAUUCGCCACAAAAACAUUCACAAAUUCAUUUGAGUUGGCGUUGGUGUCCCUUUUGUUAUGGAAAGUUGUUGAAAGUAUAACUAUUACAGAAGAAGUAAGACAUUUGCAUUAAAAUAUUGUUAAAAAAUAAUACUUAUUUCUUGUUGUUUAAUUUUAGGUUUUGAUUGCUACCAAAGAAAUAGAAAAUACUAUAGGUUGUAUAACUAUUACAGAUAGAAUUUUAAGAAUUCGUGCGCUAAGAAAACUACCUAGUCAUCAUUACAAAAACAUUUUAGAAAUUAGUAUAAUUUUAGUUCUUGGUGUUUUCAAUCGACCAACAUUUGUAUUGUUUGCAGUUACUCCUUUGUUUUUUUGGUUAACUAGAGGAUUUAAUCAAGAUUUUAAUCAGAUUUACAUAAGAUUUACCUUGCGCCUUUUAAGUUUACUUUUAUGUAUUGUGCCUGGAGUAUUCUUAUUUAUAGUUAUUGAUUCAUAUUACUAUGGAUAUAUUACAGAAGAUGAAUGGAAUUUAACUAUAACACCAUUAAAUUUUAUCAAAUACAAUAUUGAUUCUUCUAACUUAGCCAAACACGGUUAUCAUUUUCGCGGAAUUCAUACCUUAAUAAAUAUACCAAUACUCUUCAAUAUUUUAAGUCUUCUCUUUCUGCGUAAUUUACAACUGCCUGCAUUUAUUCAUAAGUAAGUAUAUUUUGUUUUAAAAUAUGUUUGUGUAAUAUCCUGCUUAAAUAACCCAAAAUUUAUUUGUUAUUUUCGUACUUUUAAAAAUUAAAAAAUUAUCAAUUUAAAUAUAAAAUGCAUUAAUAUAAUAUUUUAUACUUGAUAAUUAUAUUUAUAAAAAAAAAUAUUAAUGAUAAUGUAAAUUGAGAUUAUUUUACCAAUAAAAAUAGUUAAAAAUUAAUAACUUGUAAUUGUAACUGGCAUAAAGGAUAUUAUUUGGUGUUAUUCAAGCACUCAAAUUUUAGGUUUUAUUUACUAACACUAUUGCCUUAUAUUUUUUCAGCAUUAGAAAUCGUCAGUACCAUUUAUUAUCAAAUAUGAUGACAGCCAAAACUUUAAUGGUGGCCAUUGUAAUAAUUCCUUUAUUUCUGUUAUCCAUGUUUCCUCAUCAAGAAAGUAGAUUUCUCAUACCACUUCUAUUACCAAUUGUAUUUUGUACAGCUAAGUUUUUUUCUAGAACCUAUUUGAAUCAUUUUAAAUACAUACUUCCUGUUUGGUGUUUUUCUAAUAUUAUUGGACUAAUAUUCUAUGGUUAUCUGCACCAAGCUGGUGUUACUCCUAUGGUUUCAUACUUAUUUAAAGAAAUUGAUAGUGUAUCUAAAGUCCAUAUUAUUCAUAGUCAUACAUAUCCUAUUCCUGUUGGACUAUUAAUGGUUCCUCGAUUCAAUAAGAAUAUAACCUAUAUGUAAGUAUUUUUUACAUUAUAACGAUGUAAUAUAUUUUUAUAGAAUUUUAAUAAUAUGCUUUUGUUAUAUGUUUAUUUUAGAACUCAACGAAACAUCAAAGUACAUGAUCUUGGAUCUGUAUUGGAUCCUGAAGUAUUAUAUGACACUGUAAUGAAUAUUAACAAAAAUAUUACUCGCAAUGAUACCACCGUUUAUUUUGCAUUAACUGGAGCAUUAAGCAAACAAUUUGAGUCCUUUGGUAAUACUUCAAGUCUUACAUAUACGAAACAAUUUUUUCCUCAUAUCUCAAUGGAAUCGUUGGGUUACUAUUUAACUUCUAUAAUAGAUUUAUUUUACUAUGAUAAAAAUAAAUCUUCCUUUAUUAGUCUGGGUGAACUUGGUAAGAUAUUUUCACUUGUACUAUAUAAAAUUACAUAAUACUGAACAAAAUAUUAUCUUAUUUUUUUGUUUACUGAGAUCCAAAAUCAUAUAUGCGAGUUUAUAAACCAUUUGCAUUGCAAUACUAUCUUUUCGUAAAUGACAUGAACUUAUAGUUUAACCUAAUCAUAAGACCUAUUUACUACAAAUUAACAAUUACCAAGAAACUAUUGUUUAACAUAGCAUAGGUAUAGUGCAAUAUUUUAAUAUACAUUUACUAGUCAUAAUUAUAAGUAAAUACAUGUUAUUCAUUAGUUUAUCUUAAUAUUAUUUAUUAACUUUUUCAUUAAUUUGAUUAUUAUAUUAUUAAAAUAUUAAAAAUUCUAGUCUUAGAUUUAGUUUUAUAACAAUUUCACAUUAUUAUUAUAAGUAUUGAUAUCAUAAUUUUAUAGAUUCCUUAAAUAAUGGUUUUUAAGCAAAUUGUUAAAUCAAUUUUAUUUGUAGUAUUACUUUUGAAUUAAAUUUAUUAAGUAAGUCUAGAAAAUUAUAAUAUUCUAGAUAUAACUAUCUACACUAAAUACCCAUUUUUUUAAAAAAAAAUGUGUGUUUAUUAUUUAUUAGUUGUAAUCACAUUCUAAGAAAUAGUCACUAGUAGUUAAACAAUAUUGCUUAUAUCUAUGAUAACAUUAAAAUUAUGCAUUUGCAAACUAUAAGCACUAUUUAUAAUAAUUUAUUUUAAAUUAAAAGUAUAUUAUUCCACUAGUUUGUUAAUGUUAAGUUGCAACGAUUUCCAAUUUUUUAUAUGUCUUUUUAUAUUGUUAUGUAAUAUUUGUUUGGUUUCUAAAUUUAACUGUUUUUUCACACAUAGUUUUGAAAUCGGUAUACCGAGUAAAGCUUUGGAACAUUCUAAUAAACAUUCUUUUCUGUAUAUUGAAUAGCUGUUUACUUUUUGUUCACAUACCAUAAGUUUUCCAUUGGCUAAAGUACUCAACCAUUGAGUUAGAUGACCAUAAAUUAUAGGAGUUAUCUGUAUACCUAAAAUACAACAUUUUGUUAAUUUAAGUUAUUGGUAGAUGUUAUUUUAGAAACAGCACAUUUGAGUAGGGUUUAUAUAUACUGUUCAGAACACCAUUCUCUUAAAAAAUAACAUUCUUUUGUUACAAAUUAAUUGUUUGAAUACACUUUCAAAAAUUAUAUUUUAAUGUUAUCAAAUUGGCACAAUAUUUUUUUUUUAUUAAUUUUAAAAAUAUUUAGAGCCUAUUAUAGUGUUAGAUAAGGGACCAGACCACGAGAAAGUUGGUUCUAUUUAGCUUCAACAAAAAUGUUUAGUAAUCUUUAUUUACUUGCCAUAGUUUUAAAAUUAUUAUUUAUUUUGAUACAAUAUGACGUUUAUAUUAUAUUAUGUUGGCUAUCUAGUAUUUUUAUAACUGUAAGGUACCUAAAUGUGUUACCUACAUUUAUCAUUUAUAAGUUCAAACGUGUUCUAUAUUUAUAGGUAAAAAUACUGCUACCUAUGUACUCAAAUGUGUUACGGCCAUUAUUUUGUAUAAAUAUUUACCAGAAAUUGUAUUCAUAUUUAGGUCAAAUUUUGUAGACAUAAUUAUUAAUUCGGGGUUAUAUUCAUAGGCAAUUGGUAAAAUCAGGUGUAACAUCAUUGUUGUAAAAUCGGCAUCAUUUAAUAUUUCCUAAAUUAAAAAAAAAAUAUUUUUGAGUAUAUAUAAUAGAGAAUUUAGUUAUUAAUUAUAUAUUAUUAGAAUAUAUAUAUAUAUUUAAAAAAAGAACCAUAGUUAUUAUUACCUUUGACCACAAAGCGGUAAUAUUUUUGUUUUCGAGGCUUAAACCAUUUAAUAUUCUUUGUACCGAAAUAACCAAUAUUUGAUCAUCAUAGUGCAGCUGUGAAAUGUCUUCAUUUAGUUCAAUUAUUAAAAUUCUAAAACAUGUCCGGAG